GGCAUGGCUCCGGAAGAAAAGGCAAGAGAAGAGGGCCCAGCCAAGUGUGCCCUCCGGAAGGUACGCACAGCCACCCUGGUUAUCAACUUGGCCCGAGGCUGGCAGCAGUGGGCAAAUGAGAACAGCACCAGGCAGGCCCAAGAGCCUGCAGGUUGGCAGCCGGGAGGAGCCCAAGACCCACUGCAAGCUCCGAAGCCAGUGAUCUACCCCACACCCCAGCAGAAAGCUCAGAGCACCCUGAAGUCUCCCUCCCAAAAGCCAGAGGGCCAUGGAGAUGGACAAAGCUCUGAGGAAGCCACUGAAGUCUCUCAUAUCAAAAGGAAAGAGGUGACCAAGACAGUUGUCAGCAAAGCUUAUGAGAGAGGAGGUGAUGUGAGCCAUCUGAGCCAUAGAUACGAGGAUGGCGACAUGCUUGGAGCUGGGCAGCCAGAAAAUGACAUUGACAGAAUGCUCCAAAGCCAUGGCUCCCCGACACGGAGGAGAAAAUGUGCCAACCUGGUAUCUGAGCUGACCAAAGGCUGGAAAGAGAUGGAACAGGAUGAGCCCAAGUGGAGGAGUGACAGCAUAGACACAGAGGACAGUGGCUACGGAGGGGAGACUGAGGAGAGGCCCGAGCAGGAUGGAGAGCAGGUGGUCGCCACCAGAAUCAAACGCCCCUUGCCUUCCCAGGCGAAUAGAUUUACAGAGAAACUCAGCUGCAAGGCCCAGCGGAAAUAUAGCCAAGUGGAUGACCUGAAAGGGAGAUGGCAACAAUGGGCCGAUGAACACAUACAAUCCCAGAAGCUCAAUCCUUUCAGUGAAGAAUUCGAUUAUCAGCUGGCCAUGUCCACCCGCCUGCACAAAGGAGAUGAAGGCUAUGGCCGUCCCAAGGAGGGAACCAGAACCGCAGAAAGGGCCAAGCGAGCCGAGGAGCACAUCUACAGAGAGAUCAUGGACCUGUGCUUCAUCAUCCGUACAAUGGCCCACCAAAGGCGAGAUGGCAAGAUCCAGGUCACUUUUGGAGAUCUCUUUGACAGAUAUGUUCGUAUUUCAGAUAAAGUAGUGGGCAUUCUCAUGCGGGCCAGGAAGCAUGGACUGGUUGACUUCGAAGGAGAGAUGUUAUGGCAAGGCCGAGAUGACCAUGUUGUGAUUACUCUACUCCAGUGAACCUUCAACACGAACACCUGACUUGACCCACUGUUGUCUUAAUGCUAAACACUAAUGUAGUAAAAAUUAAAACACAAACUGCUCUGUAAUAAGUUAGUAAAUAUUAAACAGUUUUUACAUAAAUGA